CCGCCGGCGAUUGAACCCCGUGGUGAUACCAUCCUCGCCGUCUUGUCGUUCUAUCACCGGAGAUACCUUUCUCUUAGUCACACGGUCCAUUAUCGCUAUGCUUACCCGCGCUGUUCGUCCGGCUGUCCGGGCUGGUGCCGCUGCGGUCACCCGCACUGCGCCUCCCAAUGCCGCCAACUUCGCGACCCUGCGUGAAAUCGAAGGCCGUCUCAAGUCCAUCAAGAACAUCAAGAAGAUCACCAAUACCAUGAAGGUCAUUGCCUCUACCCGUUUGACCCGCGCCCAGAAGGCCAUGGACGACUCCCGUGCCUACGGUCAGACCUCCAACACCCUCUUCGAACAGGCUGAGACCAAGGCCCUUGAGGACAAGAAGACCCUGCUCGUGGUUGCUAGCUCCGACAAGGGUCUCUGCGGUGGUAUUCACUCCGGUCUUAGCAAGGCCGCUCGCCGCGCUCUCGAGGCCAACCCCAACUCUGACCUUGUGGUUCUCGGCGAGAAGGCCAAGGCCCAACUUUCUCGUACCAACCCCAACGCCAUCGUCCUCAGCUUUGCCAACGUCUGCAAGGAUAUCCCCACCUUCGCUGACGCCCAGGCUGUUGCCGACCAAAUUGCUCUGCUCCCUACCGACUAUGCCAGCGUUAAGGUCAUCUACAACAAGUUCGUCAACGCUCAGAGCUACGAGCCCGAUACUGUCGAGGCUUACUCUGAGGAGGCCAUCACUCAGUCCCCCAACUUCUCUGCGUACGAGGCUGAUGAGGAAACACUCUCCAACCUCCGCGAGUACGCUCUUGCUAACAGCCUGUUCUGGGCUAUGGCUGAAGGCCACGCCUGUGAAAUCUCGGCUCGUCGCAAUGCUAUGGAGAACGCCUCCAAGAACGCUGGUGAAAUGAUUGACAAGUUCCAGAUUCUGUACAACCGUCAGCGUCAAGCCGCCAUUACCGGUGAAUUGGUCGAGAUUAUCACCGGUGCCGCCGCCAGCGCUGAAUAGAUGCUGUUAUGAUAUCUCUUGGGAGGCAGUCACCUUAUGUAGACUAACUCUCACGUACCUAGAUUCUCACCAACCUGUAAAAUCUAUCUCUCUACAUUUCAUUUGUACCAUGACUUGUGUUUGUCCUCAAAAAUAGCUGCAACUGCAUGAUC